UUGGUGAUAAUAAAAAUUCUCAAACAGUCAGCACGUUUACGUUGUUGACAACCGACUGCCUUCUGUGUUUCUUUAUCAUAAUAAAAUGCCGAUGUAAACGAAAAAUGGAUACUACCGAAUCCGUUUCGUCAAUCUCAGACUCAGUCUCAGAGACGCCUGAUGCCGUGUCGUCGUUUUCGAAAGAAGAAAAUCAUACCUACACUUUUAUGGGUACAACCGAAGGAUUUCUAGCCUCUACAGAGUAUUUCUAUCCCGACGAAGAGUACUAUGAUUACGGGAAAUAUUACGGAAAUGAAAAUAUGAUGUAUAAUGAUACCACGGGCAACUACAGUCUUGAGUUAUUCGAGUUUGAAAAAGUGACACUCGGAUAUGUUCGACCGAUUUUAGUUCUGUGCACCAUCCUUGCAAACAUAUUUGUAUUUACCUAUUUCCUGACAAGGAAACGGCGGGGAAAGGCUUCAAAUCUACUCUUUGUGAGCAUAGCUAUUUCUGACACGUUGACAGGAGUGGCAUUUUUACCUAACUCGUUCAAUGUCUAUUUGUCUGGCGAACACUACCUUUCAAAGUUUGAGUGCAAUACGUUCAUGAUUCUGAAAAUGUACUUCGCCCGAGUGUUCCACACAGUUUCAAUCUGGCAGACGGUUUGCCUUGGCCUUCAGAGAUACCUCUGCGUGUGUCAUCCCUUUACAUCUCGACGGAUAUGUACCUUCUGGAAAACGUUCGUCAGCGUUGUUGUUAUGUACGCUCUGGCAUUUAGCAUGCAUAUAUACCAGCUGAUCGACGAAAAGGCGAAGGAUGGGGAAUGUAAAUGGGAGACUGACUUCCCAUGUGGGGAUGCUUGUCUGUACAUGUGGAUAUGUAUCGCCUUCAUGCACUUUCUUCCUGGCAUUGUGCUGCUAACGCUGACGAUCAUAACAGUCUUUGCAUUGAGGAAAGCUCAGAGGCGGGCCUCUACAAUUAUGUCUCACAGGAAAAACAAAACUAGGAAUUCUAAAGAGAAGAUCAUCACGAUAACGGCGUUCUUAAUCGUCGUCUGCUUCUUGAUUCCAGAAAUACCACACGGCGCAUACAAACUGUACAUAAUGUUAUCAAUCUACAUUGAAAGUGUCUCAAUACCAGAUGCAAAGCUAAAUCACACCAUGAUAUCCGUGUAUGAAAUACUUCUAUUGGUCAGCUUCCAUGCCAAUUUCUGGAUAUAUUGCGCUAUGAUGUAUGAGUUCCGCCAGGCGCUUGUGAAAAUAAUCACCCUCGACACAUACAAGCGUGGCUUUGCAAGGUUACGCUCUUUCUCCGCUUCGUCAAUACGCAAAAGCGACAGUUUUAGGUCCAUUGCUUCGAGAUCGGGUUCGAUUUCUAGCCGGAAACGGGUCCAUAGUAGGACGACCAGCGUUCAUUCGACAACGUCAGAGAAUAUUAACGCUGUCUAUCCAAAACCGAUGCUGAACCCACCGAAAAAGAAUGCAGGACCACCUGAUUUUUCAUCAACACUGUAUAAGGCGGAUAAUGAAAAUGAUGAAGAUGUUUUUGUAUAAACAUUUACCAGUGGUCAUACUAUUGAGCUUUUACAUAAACCAAUGGGUAUUAUACUUUUACCUUGAGCUUUGUGCAUAUAAACUGGUUUAAACCACCAGUAAAUUUACAUUUUACUGACCGUUCCAAGGCGGAACCUAACAAUUUUUGAUAAACAUACCUAUUUAUUUUUAUAUAUAUAGUAUGCAUGCACUGUGCUGUUUGUGGAUUUUUGUGCUGUUUUUCUGUGUUUCUUGUUUGUGAUUUUGUGUUCUAUGUCUUUUGCGUUCACCCAGUGCCACUAAACCGGGUAUAUGUUUAAACGUUUUGCUACUGACCUUGUUUCUGUAGCUUUUUGCAUAAAUAUUAAUAAUGUUUCCAUACCUUUUGAGUGUGAGUUUGGGACUAAAAUUCUGAAAUAGGAAAACGUCAUUGAUGUAUCUCCUGUUGACAAAAGGUGUUCAGAUGAUAUUUACAAUAGUCAUAUUUACGAUUUACAGCAAUUUUAGGAUAAUCAAAGCCUUACUCUUCUUAGUUUACAAGAGGAUAAAGAUUUUCAGUUUCAGAGUCUCGCUUCUCUGUCUUAGACUCAAACUUUAGUGAAUAUAUAUGCUGCUCUAAAUACGUAUGUGUCUUAUAUAACUGCACAAUAUCUGAGUCUGAAAGCAACAAUACUUUGUUUGGAUGUAGCUUCGUUGUAGUGUUUGUAUAAUACAAAUAACUGUUA